CCUUCUCUUCUGCAUCCGAAACAACGAAAAUAUCUUCCAGUUCUAAAGCAAGAGCGGCAACGAAACGGUCCACCUCUACCGGAUUGGUCUACUUUGACGUUGCUGUUGUCAAUAGCUUCAUUACUGACGUCGCUGUUGUCAAUAUCUUCAUAAUUGACAUCAUUUUCGCGAUCGAUGUCAAUCAGAUCAGAUUAGCUCCACUUUUCAGAAUUCUUCCAGCAAAUUUAACUGAUCAAAAAUUUCGUGCUCAUUUUACUACAAAAGGACAAGUUACGGAUGCAAAGAUUAUACGAACUGCAGAUGGGAAAUCUCGAUGUUUCGGAUUUAUUGGAUAUCGUACAGAAAAAGAAGCAAAUGACGCUUUAAAUUAUUUUAAUAAAACUUUUAUUUUUACUUCUAAAAUUACUGUUGAGCAUGCCAAACCUGUUUGUGAUCCAGCGCUACCGAGACCUUGGAGUGCUCAUAGCGUUGGUUCAUCAAAAUAUCAGAAUAAACUUUUUCAGAAAUCAGAAGCUAAUAGUAUUGAAAUACCGGUAGAAAAAAGAAAGAUUAAAUAUGAUGAAAUCGUUGAUGAUGAAAAGCUUAAAGAAUUUUUGGAAGUUAUGAAACCAAGAUCAAAAUCUAAAACUUGGUCUAACGAUGAUUUAACAUUUUUGGAAUCUCAAUCGAGUUUGAAAAAUGUUAUUACUAAUGAUUCUGAUGAUGAACUUUAUCAAGAUUUACCAAAUAAAAAUGAUAAAGAUGAUACAAAUGAAUCGAAUAAUUUAACAAAAAAUAAAAAUGAUAAAUUAUUUAAUGAUGAAUUGAGUAAAGAAUCAUCCGUAUCUGAUAUGGAAUGGAUUAGAACGAAAAUGAGAAGAAGACUGGAUAUAAAUGACGAUGAUAUUGAUGAUUAUGAUGUUAAUGUUUAUAAGAAUAAAACUUCUUCAAAAAUCGAAUUUAAUAAACAUAAUGAAAGUAAUAAAAUUUAUACUAAUACGUCAUCAGAAAAUGAUGAUUCUAAAGAAAAUUUCGCUUCUAAUUCAGAGAAUGGACUUAACAAAAUGAAAAGUAUGACUUCUCAUAAUGAGACAAAUGUUAAUCAAUCUGGCAGACCUACGGAUGUUCCACCUGAAGAAUCCAUUGGUGAAACUGGUAGAUUGUUUGUUAGGAAUUUACCAUACGUAUGCUCUGAAGAAGACUUACGACAGAUAUUUAAUAAAUUUGGUCCACUUGCCGAAGUUCACAUACCACUGGACAAGGAAACAAAAAAUCACAAAGGCUUUGCUUAUGUUUUAUAUCAUAUUCCUGAACACGCUGUAAAAGCUUAUAUUGAGUUAGAUAAUAAAUUCUUCAUGGGAAGAUUAUUACAUAUUUUACCUUCUAAAGAUAAACCUCAAAUUCGUGAUUUGGAUCCUAGUAGGUGGAGUUUAAAGAAAAAAAGAGAGAUGAAACAGAAAAGCUUAGCCAGUAAUGACUUUAAUUGGAGUAUUUUAUACAUGAAUAGUGAUGCAAUCGCUGAGUCAAUAGCACAUCGAUUUAAUGUAAAAAAAUCGGACAUAUUGGACCCCGAGUCCGACAAUAUGGCUUCAAAGCUUGCACUUGCAGAGACUCACAUCAUCCAAGAAACAAAAGCAUUUCUUGAAAUGAAUGGAAUUUCCUUGAGUUCUUUUGGAAAAAAAGAAAAAAGUGAUACAGUUAUCUUAGUAAAGAAUAUUCCAUUUGGUGUGACAAAAGACGAAUUACAGCAAUUAUUUGGAUGGUAUGGAGAAAUUGGGCAUUUAAUAAUUCCACCGGCUCAGACAAUAGCCUUAAUAGAAUUUUUACAUCCUUCGGAAGCCCGAAAUGCAUUCACAAAUCUUGCAUAUAAAAAAUUUAAAGGAGUUCCUCUAUAUCUGGAGAAAGCACCACAGGGUAACAUAAAUUUUGAUACCACUGAGGGAGAACUGAAAAAAGUAUUCAAGAAUACUUCUGGUAUGAAAUCGGCUAAAAUAAAAAUGAAAAAUGACCCUAAAAAUCCUGAUAAAAAAUUGAGUAUGGGAUUUGGGUUUGUUGAAUAUGAUAAUAUGAAAAAUGCAAAGAAUGCUUUGAAAGCAAUGCAGAGAAAACGAAAAGAGGAUGAAAUAAUGAAAAAGAAAAAAAAUUCCACAAAAAUCAUCGUUAAAAAUGUCGCUUUUGAAACAACGAAAAAAGAAUUGAAAGAAUUAUUUAGUGCAUAUGGCCAAAUUAAAACACUUCGUUUACCAAAAAAAUUUGAUGGUACAUCUCGCGGAUUCGCAUUUCUAGAAUUCUUAACCAAAAGAGAUGCAAGAAAUGUAAUGGAACAAUUACAAAACACACACUUAUUAGGUAGACAUCUCGUUCUUGAAUACGCAGAUGAUGAUAAAAAUGUUGAAGAGUUGAGAGAAAAGAUUGGGAAAGAGUUUAUUGCAGAUAUUGAAGGUGGUGAUGGUAGAAUGCGAAAAAGGAAAAAGAUUGAUAUGGAAAACUGGGUAGAAAGUAAGGAUUAUAUGGAAGAAUAG